AUGGAUGUAAACGCAAUCGAAAUUGUGAGGUCUCUUCCCCGUUUCAAGGUGGAAAUCACCGGCAUUGUCCCUAAUCUCGGGGGCAAAUGCUUUGAUAUCACACUAAACUCUACAGACGCUGCAACAUGCUUGGCCACGUCUGCCUUCGACUAUGGGCCUGAAAGAAAGCCGUUGAAAUUACUUGGUGCGAGAACCAUCCACGUUUCAGUGUUUCCCGCUGUGGAAUACCCUGACCAAGACAUUGUAAAUUUUCUAAAGCAGUAUGAACAGUUAAAGUCCGAAAAUCUAUGCCGCCUCUGUCAUACCGAGGAGGUUUUACAUCUAUCAAGAGUGGUAUCGGUGUCGCAGAAUUCACGUCACUCAACAGAGAUCUACCCAGGAAAGUUGUGACCCAAGGUCUCGUAAUAUUUUUUAAAUAUACGGGCCAGCUGAUUACAUGCUACCGCUGCGGAUCGACUGAAUAUGUGCUUAAAAACUGCCCGAGGCAGCCCUCACGUUUCAAUCAUAUACACGUGGAGGAUCAUGUUCUCUCUGCCCCACCUAACCCCCCUAAUUCCCAGGAAAUGCAAGAAACACAGAUGGAAACGACUGGUGCAGAAGAUUCUGAUGAUGAAAUUUCUGAGAGCGUUAGCAGCGAGACGUUAUCG